ACUCAGUUUCCUUCUCCGCACGCACGGACGCACAUGUUUAUCACCUGACUCGCUCACUCGACACGCCCCACCGACACGAGUCGCCGAUUCCACUCGCUCCCUGACUCAUUAUCCGCCGUGGCCACCGUAAAAGCAAUGCACAUGGAUUCCUCCUCCGACGAGGAGGACGACCGCCGGAACCUCGUCGAGCAGAACCACCGCAAACCCCCCUCCCCGCCCGCCGUCGCGGCGUUCCACGUCGAAGAUCUCUCCUCGCGCUUCCACCGCGUGAGUUUCAAGCUCCAGAAGAAGUACAUUAUCGCCAUCGUAGCUCUCCUCGUCUUCCUCUUCUUCUUUGUCGUCACCGAUUUCCACAGCCUCUUCCCAACCUCUUCUCUCAGGUUCGAUUCCCUCUCCGAUCGAAUGAAGGAAUCCGAAUUGCGCGCAAUUAACCUAUUACGCCAACAGCAGCUAGGGCUCCUAACCGCGCUCCGAACCAACGCUUCGGAUCCCAAGCAGUUGGAGGAUCUCAAAUCCGCGUUGUUCAAACAAAUUUCCCUCAACCGCCAUAUUGAGCAGGUUCUGCUGAAUCCGCAUGGCGCGGGGAACUCAAUUGAGCCUGAAUUCGACUUCGGAAACGCCACUUUAAACGGCGUUGCUUACGACAGGUGCAGGACGGUGGAUCAGAAUUUGUCGCAGAGGAAAACCAUCGAGUGGAACCCUAGGGAUGGUAAAUUCUUACUUGCGACAUGCGUUUCCGGUCAAAUGUCGAACCAUUUGAUUUGUUUGGAGAAACACAUGUUUUUCGCUGCCUUGCUAAAUAGGGUUUUGGUGAUUCCUAGUUCCAAAGUGGAUUUCCAGUACGAUAGAGUUGUGGACAUCGAUCACAUUAACAAGUGCUUGGGGAAGAAAGUGGUGGUUUCGUUUGACGAGUUUUCGGAUGUGAAGAAGGGUCACUUGCACAUUGAUAAGUUCUUGUGUUAUUUUUGGAAGCCUCAGCCUUGUUUUCUGGAUGAUGAACGGCUGAAGAAGCUGCGUUCGUUGGGUUUGUCGAUGAGUAAACCUGAGGCUGUUUGGAAUGAUGAGGAUAUCGGGAAUCCAAAGAAGAAGACGGUUCAGGAUGUGUUGGAUAAGUUCAGCUAUGAUGAUGAUGUUAUGGCAAUUGGGGAUGUGUUCUAUGCUAACCUUGAACGCGAAUGGGCGAUGCAACCGGGUGGCCCAAUUGCUCACAAAUGCAAGACUUUGAUUGAACCGAAUCGCCUCAUUAGGCUUACUGCUCAGCGGUUUGUUCAGACAUUCUUGGGAAGGAACUUCAUUGCAUUGCACUUUCGAAGACACGGGUUUUUGAAAUUCUGUAAUGCUAAGAAGCCGAGUUGCUUCUACCCCAUUCCUCAAGCAGCAGAUUGCAUCUUGAGGGUGAUUGAGAGGGCUGAUGCUCCUGUCAUUUAUCUUUCUACGGAUGCAGCAGAAAGUGAAACUGGUCUGCUUCAGUCACUAGUUAUGCUGAACGGCAGGCCUGUUCCUCUUGUAAUACGUCCACCUCGUAAUUCAGCAGAAAAAUGGGAUGCUCUGUUAUACAGGCAUGGUAUUGAGGGAGAUUCACAGGUGGAAGCUAUGCUAGACAAGACCAUAUGUGCCAUGUCUAGUGUGUUCAUUGGGGCCUCUGGUUCCACUUUCACCGAAGACAUCCUGCGGCUAAGAAAGGACUGGGGAUCAGCAUCCAUGUGUGACGAGUAUCUUUGCCAAGGUGAAGAACCAAAUGUUGUAGCAGAAAAUGAAUGACAAUAAAGACGGUUUUCUUGUGGACUCGGACCAGUGCUUAUUUGUCCUUGGAUAGGUUUGAUUGGAAUCUGUCAAUGUGAGUACUCGUGUAUGAUAAUAGAAUUAGAGAUUUUAUGGCUAUGUUUUGCUUGUUAUACAUAUUCUUUUGUUACAAUCAUCAUAAUUUGUAUUUGAAUUAUCUAAACAUUGAUCCAGAAUUUGCCUCUCAAAGCAAUUGUGGCAUUUCUCAUUUCUCACUGUAAAUGGAACCUAUUGUGGGUACGUGUUUGGAGAGCUUUUAACUGGUUUGCCCAAAGGAGAAAGGAGAAAGGAGAAGCUAAAAAACGUGUAAGUGUAUUCAAUAAAUCAUAGUGUGUUUUUCCUCCCUAAAGUAUUGGCAUGAUGGAAGAAACAGUAUAAGAUAAAGUAAUAAUGAGAGUAAGUUACUGAGUAGUAAUGAUUAGCGAGUAGCCGUCACCUGAAGCAAGCCAUAUCGUAGCUACCCAUUCUUGUUGCUUGAAAUGAAUGCAAUUUUGUCCCUGGAAGUCGAAGAUAUCUCCAUGGUCCAUGCUGUUAAAGUUGACCUUCAAAAACCUUUUGAUCGUAUCGAUUGGUGAUAAGCGAAAACUGUAAGCGCUUGCUUAGUUGUCGAAAUAAAAUAUCGAAUUCACGAUAACCAUAUUUUAUAAUUAUCAAUUUAUCAUGAUUCAAGAAAAUAAA